CCCUCUGAACUGUAGAAGUAUGAAGUAGCAUAAAAUGGAAAUAGUAAAAGUACCUCAAAAAUGUAUACUACUAUAGUACUAUACUAAGUACUAAGUAUAGUACUUAGUUAUAUUUCCACCACUGAUCCUGAAUAAUAUGUAAUAUGAUUAAAAACCACCACCCACUCAGAAUUUUCCCACAACGUUAUCAUUCUUCCAUUUUUCUAUGUGUUAUUUUGGCUGCCCCCCUCAGGAUGGCAGCAGGAGGCCACUCUUAGGAUUGCCCCUGGUUCUCCUCUCUUGACCUGCCUGCAGAGCCCAUGUUAUCAGUUCCUUAUUUAGACGUGGACUUUAUUGGUCUCUGGCUGCUCCUCAGUCGACCGUGAAACUUUCCCAAAGAGUUCCACUUGCUGACUUUCCUGCAAGAAUUUAAGGUUACAGUUCACUGUAUUAUGCCCCAGAAGUUAAUGUUGCUGCUUUGGGAUCGGCCUGAUGGUGAGAUUACAGACUGAGAGCUGGCAUAGUAGUAUAAUUAUAAUAGCUACCAAUAUGCCCCACACAGUGACAACAACAGCCAAACCUUGCAGAAUAUAAGGGGGGGUUUAGUUCAACACCCUUACUUUUACAUGAGGUCAAGAUUAUUUGUUAUAGAGACUAUUUACGAUGAAACAUGAGGAAGAAGGGAUGAAAAGGAAAUAGUCGACAGACUGGAAUUAAGAAACAAAAUGUCGAAAGAAUGGAGAGGGGCACAAAAACGAUAUGUCUGGUGAAGAAAAUGAUUACAAAUAACCUUGAUAUUGUGAAACUUGUGCAUAUCAAUGGUACAUUUUACACUUUUAACCUACAUGUGGGUGUUCAACUCUGUUAUCUGAGAUAUUCGACAGGCAGGUUGUUUCCACGGGUGUAAAGAGAACUGGAAUAUCUUAGUCAAGGGGAAACUGUCUUAACUGAUUUACUCAAGUAAAGAAAUUACUUUAGUGAUAUUACUUCUGUUGAAAUCUGUUGUGUAAUUUCUGCUUUUAUAAUAGUGGGGUACAUAAUCUAAAAUUUACUUAAAACAAUUUCUGGUUUCAGAAUAUACUCAAAAAGCAAAUUUGUAUGAAAAGGUGAAUCAACACUUUAUUAUUAAGUUAAUUUCCUCUUUUGUUUGUUUUCAUGAGGACAGGAAGAUCAUGUGACCUUCAGCUUCUCAUAUAACAAGAUAAGGCACCUUGCAGAAAGCUCCACAGUACCAACAUAGCAGUACUCAGGCUAGCAUGAAUUCAGUAUUUUUUUUAUCACAGAAAGCAACAUUUUGCUUUAAAACACGUGGGGUUUUUAGUUGAGCAUCUUCUGUCCAUGCACAACCCUGCAGGAAAGGGCACACUGCAGCACAGCACCAAGCUAUGAACCCUGUUGGAUUGAAUAAUGGAUGAAGUCAGCCAACCAUAGGCUGCAGGGUGAUAUCAUGGCUGCGUCACUUGAGGGAGGGAGGGAGGAUGGGCAGGGUGGUGGACGAUGCAGUAGGCAAAGUGUAGAGGGAGAAAAGUGCUCGCAGAGGGACGGACAGAGGGAUAAUAAUCAUGUCAGCCUCUUCAAAGCAGCUGUUUUUUCAGAUCUUCCUGCUUCUCGUCUCCUGCAAACACAUCAAUACAAAGACAACUGGCCCAACGCCUCCGCCAGUAGUUCCCCUCAGUCCCCUACCAACAGAAGUAAAAAGUUCUGUCCUUAAAGAUGAAAGUCAGACUGAGAAAGUUGAACUGCUGAACCCUGUCGAUCUAGCGCUUGAGUGUAACUGGACCGGUAGUCUGAACAGAUUUCCAAACAUAAGUGGUUACUGGAGAAAAGAUGGGGAUGAGAUCAAGAACAGCCGUCUCACAGUGCAGUUGGAGAAUGAGCAGUAUAAUCUCAGACGAGUGUUCAGGAUUGACAGCGAAAAAAACCUCGGAAAUUACUCGUGCGUGUUUGGAAAUGAAGCGAAAAAAGAUUUUAUUUUGAAAGGUCCACAGAUUGGUGAGGUGCGAGAUAAGCCAGUGGUCAGCUAUGUGGGGGAUUCUGCUGUGAUUUUCUGUAAAAUGGAGGAAACCAAACCAAAGCCCGACUCCUGGAAAUGGUACAAAGCAAAUAGGACAGAAGAAGCGCAGAUUAAUGUUGCUGCUGCGGAGCCUGGCCGGUAUGAAAUCAAAAGCAAAGAUGACAACAGGAAGACCAAGCUGGUGGUGCACAACGUGACAGAGGCCGACUCCGGCUUGUAUUACUGCGAAGCGGUGUACAACAUCAGCACCACGAUGAGCCAAAUGGAGCUGAGGGUCAUCUCCUUCUUGGAGCCUCUGAAGCCCUUCAUAGCCAUCCUGGUCGAAGUGGUCGUCCUGGUCGCCGCCAUCCUGCUCUACGAGAGGAGUCAGUCCAGGAAAAAAUGUGCAGCAGGAAAUGGGACAAAUGCUGACCAAACAAACACACUGGCACAGGGAGAAAAUAAUGGACCAGAGGCCGGUUCUUCAAUGAGACAGCGCAAAGUUUAAAGACUCUCAAGGCUGCGGUCCAGCAGAUUCAAGCCUCUUUAAAACUGUUUUGCUUACUUUCAAAUGUGAAUGUUAGAGCUUAAAAGCAAUAUUGAAACAAUUAUUUUGUGAAUAUGUCCUCUAUUAGAAGUAUAAUAUUUUAACUAAACAAAAUGCAAUAACCACCACUUUAUAAUCAUUGUUUUUAUUUGUACACAGUUUCCUUUUUUUACUAUUUUACUAUACUACUUACUAUUUCACAGGACGAUAUGGUUUUUAUUUUUAAUGGACAGUUGUGUGACGAUGGUUGAAAGAGCAAAGCCUUUACCUACUUUGUUUUUUUUACCACUGAGCCUUGCAUAUGUACUUUCACUUCCUGUUGAGAAACUAAAUCCUGUGGUUGAUUUCACACCUCGCUCUGCCUCUGCCAUUUCUCUGUCAAGGCAGAGGAGCGUUAUGUAUUCAAUUCAAGAUCAACCACAGCUCACAGUCACUUCUGUUAUUUAUGCGUUAUGGUUUGUGAGCGGUGCCUUACACUCUCAAAAAGCAAUCAACUAACCAGUCACACUGUGCUUGCAACGACUUUUUGUCACAGAGUUUGUCCUUACAGUAAUGUGUGCCUAACACUGUGCCGACGCUGCUGCGUAAUACCUUAACAACAUGUGUAUCAAGAUAGUUCAUCAAAUAGGCAGAUGUUUGUGUGUCUUUUUCAUGUCAGUGUAUGGGAAGAUGGUCGGAAAGGUCAUAUCUCCCCCUAUCGUGACUUCAGUUGUGUGUCUUUAAUUGUCAGUGUUGAAAGUGUGCCACUGUUUAUGUCAACAAGCAGAUUAAAACUAUACAAAUCACUAUUUUUGUGUUUGUUUCAGCAACUGCCCACAAAAGACGAUGACUUGCAUUUUACACACUUCUGUGGACGAACCGGUGUUAGCUGACAUAGAUACCCAUCUGGAGACAGAGCUCACUUAAAGGGCAACUUCUGUGAUUUUAACAUGUUUACAGACGUUGAGGGAUAACUACUGCAUAUGUGAAAAA